CUCCUCUGCUCCCAGCCCCGCUGAAGGCAGCCCGCCAGCCUGCUUAGCAUUCGGCUGUCAUUGCUGGGAGCAACGGCGGCUGCUAAGGAGCCGAGCUCGGCAGCUGCGAGCAUCUCGGUCCAGUGUCCCCGCCAUCCUGGCUCGUCAUAUGAUUUCUCCUAAGGGAUAGCCGCUCAGUGGAGCUGUGUCUCCAAGCUGAUCCUUUGCUGAUAAGCCAGUUGCCAAGUCUCCAGCACCAAGACGAAAGAGUUUUUCUCUUCCCAGCAGGUUUUUUGCUGUGAAUGACAGAGGAAGGGGGAAAAGCGAGCUGCCUGGCACUCCUCGUGGGCGAGAGGUUUUGGGGGCUUCUUCCCCCUUAUUGUGUUGGCAGACCAUGGAGCUUUUCAGGCUGAGCCUGGGCUGUAUUUGCCUCCUUCCUUGGCUUGAUGUAGCAGACGGACAAGGCUUCCUCAUAAGGAACACCCGGCUGGAAAAGUGCAUUCGCGUCUCCCACCACGAGACCAAUGGCAUCAGCCUGACCAACUGCAAGGCGGACUCCCAGCAGCAGCAGUGGAGCUGGGACUCCGCCACCAGGACCAUCAUCAACCUUCAAACGAAGCAGUGCUUGUCGGCCCAAAAGACCCAGAAGCAUGCUGUGGUCAAGAUGGAGCCCUGCGGGGACUGGGAACGCCAAGCGUGGUCCUGCAGCAAGAAGGGACACGUGACUCUGCAGAGCUUGGGCUUCCACCUCAGCACCAAGGAAGGAGGCCACAAGGUCUUUGUCUCAAGGGAGAAGGACAAAUUCAGCAGGUGGAAGACUUUAGCAGAUGAGACCAUCUGUGCUGCUGCGCAGACAGCAGCUCCGAGGCCCAGCAAACCAAGGCAACAAGCUGUAGACACACAUGUGUGGAUCUAUGAAAGUAAAACCAUUGAUUCAUCAAAGAUCGAUGCCAUGGACAGAGAGUCUUCUGUAAGCUUGACUGACCCACCUCUGGCUAACAAAUUUAACAGCACAGUGUCUCCAGUGAAGACCAAACAGCCAUAUCUCCCAGCAAACGAGGAUUCGUCCCACAAUCACUCUAAAAAGCACCAUGGAAAUCGAGGGAAAAAUGCUGGGUCCAGGCUUGCAGGCACCAACUGGAAGACAGCCAUGCUGGUCCUCAGCCCCUUGGCAUUCAUACUGGGAUUAAUAAUACUGACACUCAAUGUUCAUUACAACAAGAAGAAGAAAAUCCUCUCUGCUCUGAAGAGCUCCCCAGGCAACAGCAGCAGAGCUGACUUACGGGAGCCAUCUCCCUUACGAAGAGGUCCCCAGCCGUACCUGCCACCAUCUCGCUCCCCCUCCUUGAGGCACGGAGAGAUCCUCAUUGAGUGGAAAGAUGGGACUGUUACUCCUCUUUUUGAUAAUGCCAAUUAUCAAAUGGACUAGCACCAAAAUAAUGGAGCUGUUGUUGCAUCCAGUGUCACUCUUCCCACCAGGAAGAGUGCCACCAUAGCUGAUCUCCUCCCUAGCCUUGCUGUUCUGACAGGGAGUUGUAAAACACUGUUUGGGUUUUUUUUAACACUUGAGAACAAUCUUGCACAGCACAAGGGUGAAGCAAGCAGAGCAGAUUGUUUGGUUUGUACAGGCACACGCUGCUUAGCUCUUCCAGAGCUGGUUUAACCCAUAACAAAACCCUGAUUUAGCUAAAUGAAGCCGAGACUCUUGCCAGCUGUGACUGCCCAUUGCCCUGAAAUUCUAGAGUUACUGAGCGUAUGAGAAAGUAAAUCCUUGGAGACAAGGUGUAAGGUGCAAAACAGAAGUCCUGAUGAUCCUUAAAUCCUUUUUAAGAUAAAACUAGCUGCCAACAGACACAGAAGGCUGUCAAGUUACUUUGUCAGUGUGAGAACAUUAACUAAUAAGCACUGCCUUCAGGACUCAAAAAGAUUGAAGACUCUCCUCCAGAUAUCUGCCAAAAUACUUCCCCCACUAAGUUAUCAAUUAAGUAACAUCAAGUCAUCUUUCUAACUUAAAAGGUAGCACUCCAUCAUCCCCUCUGCACCACUGCAAGAGUCCUGCUGACAUAGUAUGUCUCUCAAAAUAUUUCCAUAUUUAGGAUGUAUUAGACCUUAUUAUCAUAUACAUCCCCUUUCUUUAUGUAGAAUGACAAGUAAUGUUGUUGAUGUUUGUCAGGGAUAUUACAUUAUCCAGCCAUUUUA